GCUGUGUUCGGUCGGGUCUUGGACUAGUGUGACUAGUGUUGAACACCGCGCGUUUAAUUUUCAAUAAAUAUAUUUAAAUAAUUUAUAAAAAACCGGAAAUAUGUCUACUUUACCGCACAGCAGAAAACGCGUUUGCUACUACUACGACAGUGACAUAGGCAAUUAUUACUAUGGGCAGGGCCAUCCCAUGAAACCGCACCGCAUAAGGAUGACACACAAUUUACUCUUAAAUUAUGGACUUUAUCGUAAAAUGGAAAUAUACCGUCCGCACAAAGCCACUGCUGAUGAAAUGACGAAGUUUCACAGUGACGAGUAUAUCAGAUUCCUGAGGUCAAUCAGGCCCGAUAACAUGACAGAAUACAAUAAACAAAUGCAAAGAUUUAACGUUGGAGAAGAUUGUCCCGUUUUCGACGGUUUAUACGAAUUUUGUCAAUUAUCGGCCGGUGGCUCAGUGGCAGCGGCCGUGAAGCUCAACAAACAAGCUUCCGAAAUUUGUAUAAAUUGGGGUGGUGGUUUGCAUCACGCGAAAAAGAGCGAGGCGUCCGGAUUUUGCUAUGUAAACGACAUAGUUCUCGGCAUUUUGGAAUUGCUCAAAUACCACCAAAGGGUCCUCUACAUCGACAUCGAUGUUCAUCAUGGCGAUGGAGUUGAAGAAGCUUUUUAUACUACCGACAGAGUCAUGACUGUUUCCUUCCACAAGUACGGGGAAUAUUUCCCCGGAACUGGUGAUCUUAGAGAUAUAGGCGCAGGAAAGGGCAAAUACUAUGCAGUCAACAUUCCUCUGCGUGAUGGAAUGGACGACGAAAGUUAUGAAUCCAUUUUUGUGCCAAUCAUUUCCAAGGUCAUGGAAACUUUUCAACCAUCGGCAGUUGUUUUACAGUGCGGUGCUGAUUCUCUUACCGGAGACAGAUUAGGGUGCUUCAAUUUGACAGUGCGAGGUCACGGAAAGUGCGUUGAGUUCGUGAAAAGGUACAAUCUUCCCUUCCUGAUGGUCGGAGGUGGUGGUUACACGAUCAGAAACGUGUCGAGGUGUUGGACAUACGAAACUUCGGUCGCCCUCGGAUCUGAAAUAGCCAACGAAUUACCUUACAACGACUACUUUGAGUACUUUGGACCUGACUUCAAACUUCACAUUAGUCCAUCGAAUAUGUCCAAUCAAAACACCACCGAGUAUCUCGAAAAGAUUAAGACGAGGCUUUUCGAGAACUUGAGAAUGUUGCCUCACGCACCAGGUGUGCAAGUACAAGUUAUUCCAGAAGAUGGUGCUGUGAUUGACGAUUCGGAACUGGAAGAGAAAAUAAAUCCUGACGAGAGAUUACCACAAAGAGAUUUGGACAAGAGGAUACAACACGAAAAUGAGUACAGCGAUAGUGAGGAUGAAGGAGAAGGCGGUCGAAGGGAUAAUCGGUCUUUCAAGAUUUUUCGGCAGGGCUCGAGGAAAAGGCCGAGGCUAGAAAAGGGUCAGGAUGGUGUAGACAGCGAUCUCAAAAAAGAGGAUGACAUCAAGUCGGAAUCGAAAGAAAAUGAGAAGGACGACAAAUCGAAUUCUACGAAUGAUGAGGCGAAAAAAGAUGGUGGUGCAAAUCCUUGAUAAACAGCAAACUCCGAGUGAUUCUAAUGCUAACUUUAUUUAAUUUCGAGCCGCCUAAACAUAGAUGAUAUAUAAGAAAGAAGAGCGCCCGGUGUCUGAUCAAGCACAGCCUCGAAAAUGAAUUAAGCUUCCAAAACCACCACCGUGUCCCUCUUUCAUACUGUACAGUUUAAAGAGAUACCUAAUUUUUCUAGACAAAUUUCCAACGCACCGAGAAGAUAUUCGUGGCGCACAACAGAGAAAGGACACUAAUUUCUUCAAACUCUUUCUAUUUAUUAUCAAAAAAGAUUUAAAAAAAGAAAGAAAAAGUCGGAAACCAGUAUCGGAAGGAAUCAUUUUCUAGACCGCGCGUGUGCGUUUCCAUGAGUGAUUCUUCUGAUUUUUUUGAUUUUUAUUUUGAAUAAAAAUGAUUAGAUAAUUUGCUUAAACUGGUGAGGCAAAUUUGACUGAAGUCUGAUUGAUAUACGUCUAUCUAUACAUCUAUAUAUACAUCUAUCUAAUAUUAGUUGUUUGAAUUAGCCGAAGAGUCAAUUCGGGGGUGAAAUUACUUGUAAAGAAGAGAGAAAGGAUCUCAUUUCGUUCCGUUGUAAAGAAUCUGAUUAUCGUGAGGAGGAGGAGGAGGAGGGAGGCUGGACUUUUGAUUUCUUAUGCAGAAAACAGAGGAUUUACUCGUUGUACGUAGAUUGAAAAUAUUAUUUUUGAAAUUUGUAAAUUUCGUUUGUGAUGUUCAAGAUAGGUUUGUCUUGCCUGAUUCAUUGAGAGAUGUUUUUUUCUUGACUGAACCGCAGUGGGUUGACGCGCAGUUUGUACGCAAAUCGAUUGAUCAAUCGAGAAUAAUUAUCAGAGCCGCCGAGGAUUGAUGAUGUUUGGCUGCUUCCUACUUCUGUAAAUAUCGCGAAACACAGUUUUCAACUAUUUUCCAACGCGCACCUAUGUUUGUUUUAGUGUGUCCCAAAAAAAAAAAAAAAUAAUAAUUAAUUUUUCAUGCGACAGAGAUUUAAUGUGAACGGAGAGAAUGAAAUUUUAGGUUUGAAUUUAUAGUCUGUCAAUGAGUGUUAUAAUUUCGAGACUAGUUGUAGAGUCUCUCAAUAUAUUGUAAGUGACAUUAACUCUUCAUGUACACAUUCUUCGUCUACUAAUCCGAUUUUUUUACGCGUCGAGUCGCGAGGAAACUCAAAAUAUCAUGUCCUAAUUUUAGAAUAUUUACUUUCGAAUGAAAUGGAUUUACUGAUUAUGUGUCAUGAGCAGAAAGUAAUGUAUAUUUUCGUCAAAAUAUAUUAAAUCGGAUUAGUAUCUUCAUCGGCGUCUAAAUAUAGAAAUUCGUCCUUAAUUCAAUUAUAAAUUACUCAUCGAAAUUUAUUCAUACCCGAAAAGUAAUUUAUGCUGCGUGAAUUUACGUUUUCGGAGAUACAUCAGGCAUUUUAUACUUAUGCCCGCAUACAUCAAUCAUACGAAUGUUUUUAAAUAUUUAUAAUAAAAAAAUAAAGAAAUUUACUAUUGGUAAGGA